UUGGCCCUGGUGUUUUCAGCUGAAGGUCGUGUUGGACCGAGUACGAACACCAGCUUCUGCACGGAGUCCAAGGAGUGUCUGAAGUAUGAGCUGGUCUGCCGAACAGAUGAGUACGAAGUGCGACACUACGGCCCCACCUGUUGGCUGUCAACAGAUGCUGAAGCGUAUUUCAUGGGGGUGGGUGCAGCCAUGGCUUUCAGGAGACUUUUCCAGUACAUCACCGGAGCUAAUGAAGCAGGUGUUCAGAUGGACAUGACUGCCCCCGUUCUGGUGAAGGUCCCAGAGGAAACCAAAAUGUGGGAGCCAGCAGUGUACACGCUCAGCUUCCCUCUGCCGUCAGCCUAUCAGGACAAACCGCCAGCGCCUACUAAUGACAAGCUGUAUUUUACCGAGAUGCCAGAGAUGCUCGUGUACGUGAGGAGUUACGGAGGCUGGAUGCUGUCGGUCACCUCCAGGCUUCACGCCCACAUGCUGACGAAAGAGCUGGAGAGAGUGCGAGCUUCCCACAACCGCAGUUAUCACUAUGGAGUCGGUUAUGACAGCCCCUUGAAGCUACUGGACAGACAUAAUGAGGUUUGGUAUGUGGCCGAAGGGGAGCCAGUCUGCACAGAUCCACAGGAACCGACUCCUGCACACACGCCUCGUCCGACUCCAACCGGCCUGUCCGCCGACUCCCCAUCUGACCCGCUCCCACUCAUGCUCUCCGACUCGCCCUCACUUAUUCCCUCCAACCUGUCCUCAAACACGUCUAACUCCUCUUUACUGCUGCCUUCUGAUGGACCUGCUGUCUCCACGUCUGAAACGCCAACCAAUAUUUCAUCCACCCUGCCCUCUGACCCUACAGUCAGCCAUCAUCCACCCUCCGCCCCGACUUCGCUGGACCCAGCGACCAACUCCUCAGAGCCCGUCUCUGUGGGCCCGUCGCUGGAGCCGCAGCGUGAUGCUGGCGUGUGGACCAGCACAGCUCUCAGCUCCGUGGACACACGAGCUGAAAACAACACCGAGGUCCAUACGGAUGCAACCCAUUAGCAUCAGUCUGAUUGUAGAACUCCAGUUAUAGCAACAAGGGUUAAUGCUAGAAAUAAACACUGAAGGUGCAACGUAGGGUGUUUCAUAGACAGAAGUAAUGCACUCUUCAUCUAUAUCUCUCCUUUUUGUGUAUUUCACCGCCUUAUGACACCGUGUUUCUUAGAGAGAGCUCAGAUUUCUGAAGUGAGGUGCUGUGGUAAGGUUAUUAUGGAUUAAUAAUUUAUUGCCUGUUGUAGACAGAUUUUUGAACACAAUCAAUUUGGAUUUUUUUUUUUUUUUUACCAGAUUGAUGAGCUAAUGGCUUGGCCAAGCAGGGCUAGGGCCAAAGAGGAUUUCUACCAUGAGCACAGGGAAGUUGGAUGUGGUGACUGAAGGAUACGGCAACUUGACUCAACAGUUUACUGAAGCAGCAGCCAAAACGUCACGUUUUUUUUAAUAUACAUAGACACUAAUACAAGCAAUGUCAGCUGUAGCUCUACUAGCGAGGGUGGUAUGAAUAAAACUAGCAGAAACCAAAUUUACUUUUCUUGUUCUUGUUUUUGGACAAGCUAGCAUGAACAUUGCAGCACAGCUACAGGAAGCCAGAGAAGAUGCAGUUUAAGAGGUCAUCUAUGUAGAAUAGAUAAUGUCAAACUCCAAAAGGGGUCAAAAUUAAAAACGUCUUCCAAGCAAGGGGCCAGUUUCAAUUGAUACCAGACAUAUUUUCUUGCUUGCAGGUUCAUCACCAAGAGUUCGAUUGGCAUCAUUUGGUGUUCUCUACUGCCCUUUCCACAUCAGAAAUCAAAGAUUACUGAACAAUUCGAGCUUUCGACCAUUUUUUGGCUUCCAAGUUAGCCAGCUGUCUUGAGAAGUCUGAGCUAAAUUCUAUCAGUUUUUAAAGCAAAAUGAGAAAAGAUGAAAAAUAUUUAACAUUUAAUAUAU